UUAAGCAUACAAAGGAAUUGCUAGAGCAAGCAGAAGGAAGCGAGCUUUCGGAAGAGUUAUGAUGUGCUGAUAAGCAACUGGUGGGACAUUACAGCUCAAGAAACUGAGCGGCGCAAAGCUCUUCUUUACACAAAGGGGCUGUAGGGAAACAUUACGGCUUUAAGCAGAAUGGAGACCCAUAUUUCCUUCACCAUUGUUGGCUGCAUUUUAAAAAUCUUCUUCAUCCAGCUCUCCUUUUUCCGACCAACUUCUGCUCCUCCACCACCCACCUCCAGGCAUCCAGAAUCCAGCAGAGAUCUGAUACCGUCCCCCAUCAUUCGCUUCCCAGGUGACAUUUCUCCCAAAUCAGAUAAAGAACUGGCACUGCAAUACCUGAACAAAUAUUACGGGUGCCCCAAAGACAACUGCAAUUUGUUUGUGCUGAAAGACACUCUGAAGAAAAUGCAGAAAUUUUUUGGCCUUCCUGAAACGGGAGAACUGGAUCAGAACACGAUAGAAACAAUGAAGAAGCCCCGAUGUGGAAACCCAGAUGUGGCCAAUUAUAAUUUCUUUCCAAGGAAACCAAAAUGGGAAAAAAACCUGGUGACAUACAGGAUUUUAGGUUACACCCCAGAUUUGGAUUCUGAAACUGUGGACGAUGCUUUUGCCCGAGCCUUUAAAGUCUGGAGUGAUGUCACACCCCUGGAGUUUUCCCGCAUUAACGAUGGGGAAGCAGAUAUCAUGAUCAAUUUUGGACGAUGGGAGCAUGGCGACGGGUAUCCUUUCGAUGGCAAAGAUGGCCUCCUGGCUCACGCUUUUGCACCGGGGCCAGGGGUUGGUGGCGACUCCCAUUUCGAUGAUGAUGAGCUCUGGACUUUGGGUGAAGGACAAGUUGUUAGAGUGAAAUAUGGAAAUGCCGAUGGUGAGUUUUGCAAGUUCCCAUUCCUUUUCAACGAUAAGGAAUACAACAGUUGUACUGACGCAGGACGCAGCGAUGGGUUCCUUUGGUGCUCAACGACAUACAACUUUGACGUUGACGGCAAAUAUGGAUUCUGCCCUCAUGAAUCACUUUUCACAAUGGGUGGAAAUUCCGAGGGAAAACCCUGCAAGCUCCCAUUUAGAUUUCAAGGUACCUCUUAUGACAGCUGCACCACAGAAGGAAGGACAGAUGGAUAUAGAUGGUGCGGCACUACUGAAGAUUAUGACCGCGACAAGAAAUUUGGCUUUUGCCCAGAAACAGCACUGUCCACUGUUGGUGGAAAUUCUGAAGGAGAGCCCUGUGUCUUUCCGUUCACGUUCCUUGGGAAUAAAUACGAGUCUUGUACCAGUUCCGGACGUCAAGAUGGGAAAAUGUGGUGCUCCACAACUAGCAAUUAUGACGAGGACCGCAAGUGGGGCUUUUGUCCAGACCAAGGCUACAGCCUUUUCCUGGUUGCUGCUCAUGAAUUUGGCCAUGCCAUGGGACUUGAACACUCUGAGGACCCCGGAGCACUGAUGGCUCCUAUCUAUACCUACACCAAGCAUUUCCGUCUCUCCCAAGAUGAUAUUCAAGGAAUCCAGGAACUUUAUGGGGGUUCUCCAGAUGUUGGACCAGGCCCAAGUCCUACCCUUGGACCAGUCACACCUGAACUCUGCAAGCAAGAUCUUGUCUUUGAUGCCAUCGCACAAAUAAGAGGGGAAAUAUUCUUCUUCAAAGAUCGAUUCAUCUGGAGGACUGCAAACCAACGGAACAGACCCACAGGGCCACUGCUUGUCGCAACGUUCUGGGCUGAAGUACCAGAAAAAAUUGAUGCUGUUUAUGAGGCCCCCCAAGAAGAGAAAACGGUCUUCUUCUCAGGAAAUGAAUAUUGGGUCUAUUCAGCUAGCACUUUGGAGAGAGGUUAUCCAAAGAGGCUGACUAGCUUGGGACUGCCUCCUGACGUGCAACAGGUCAAUGCAGCUUUCAACUGGAGCAAAAACAAGAAGACUUACAUUUUUGUAGGAGACAAAUUUUGGAGGUACAAUGAAGUAAAGAAGAAAAUGGAUCCUGGUUUCCCCAAAUUAAUUGCAGAUGCUUGGAAUGGUGUCCCAGAUAGUUUAGAUGCUGUUCUUGAUGUGAGCGGAACAGGUUUCAGCUACUUCUUCAAGGACUGGUAUUAUCUCAAACUGGAAGACCAGAGUCUGAAGAUUGUUAAAGUUGGAAAUGUGAAAUCUGAUUGGCUGGGCUGCUGAACUGAUCAACAUCUUAAUAACCAAAAUCAUGUACACUUUUUGGGGUACAAAUCCUAUGUCUUGCCUGAAGUUAGAGAUAGAUCUGUAUGUUAAUUCAUGAUGAGCCAGUCUGGAACUGGCGUCAAGUUGCUCAAUUACUAUUUCUUUACACAACUAUGUAUUAAAUUGUGUGAUGAAGCACACUUACUUGAGAGUAAGGGCCAAGCUACACAUGACAAAUGACACUUGAACAGCAAGUGUAUUUCUCCCUGUUCACUUGCCCUCCACUCAACCCACUUGCCGUUCAAGUGUCAUUCGUCAUGUGUAGCUUGGCCCUCAGUUUCAUCUGAACCAGGAACUUUGAUUUUAAGUCAAUGUAUUUAGGACUGAGGCUACCAGAUACAUAAUUGGACUUUUUCCUCCCCGUUGCUUAAUUUAAGAUUUUUGGAACCUUUAGGCGUACAAUAAAAGAUGUUUACUUCAGUAACCUGAAAUAUCAUGCAACGUUCAGUUUUCCCUGUCUACAGAUUGGUGCUAGCUGAAGAACAGCUGGGAUUCUGUUUCUCUGGGACUUAUUCAAGUGGAAGGAGGGUCCAACACUUUAAAUUCACCCUCAAAUUAAUACAAUCUCCCUGCAAAUUUGAAAUGCACAUUAUCAGGAAGCAAGUUACAUUAGGCUCAGUUUUCCCACCUAACAUGAUAGCUUUGUAUAUGCAGGGAGACUUUUUGUAUAUACAAAUGUACAGUCACACAUUUGUGCGCAAUCUGAAGUGGUACUAUCCUGCGAUACUUACAUCACAUAGACCUGUUGAUUAUGUAGCGUAGCUCAGUCCCUAGAAAAAAUCAUGAAUUUUAGGAGCAAAAACAAUUAUUGCUUCCUAAUGUGAAUAUUCCAGACACAAAAUCUUAAUUCCAAAAUUGAUGUGUUUGGAUUUUGGCUUCAAAAAUCAGAUUUAGUUGCCAGAAUCAGAUGUUCUAACGGGAUAUCCUCCAAAUGGAUCCUCAAAAGUGAAAAUGUAACUUGCAUUUUCAGAACUGAAACUUUAGAAUCAAUAAUUUAGGUGUUUUGUGUAUGUCUUGAGUUUCUCUCUUUCAUAUAUAUUCAUCCUCCAUUUGGUGUUUACCGAACUGAGCCUCUUACUUUGAAUUAGUACAUCCUUGUAAUUCCUUCCUUGAUGGUUUUGUGUCAGUUUCUUUAGAAAGCAAUGCAGAAAGGCACAGGUUGCCUGGGGAUUUGACCGAAGUGUUGAUACUUGAUGGGAUCAUGACAAGGAACUGUAUUAAAAGUAUUGUUUUAAAGUACUUUGAAAUACCUUUAGUCAAAGCCAGCAGUUUGCUUCAUGCACUUUGUUAUCCACCAUAACGUGUUUUACGUGGGUGGCAUAACUCCAGUGAUCAAUUAUGUUAUUUAGAAAUACCAAAUUUGGACAUUUAAUUUGUGUUAUUUUUUUACCCCGUUCUUAACUAUAUCAAGGUGUUUUUUUGUUGCAGACUUUUGCCUUUUCCUACUUAAAAGGUUUUCACUCUAGAACCUGGUGGAUUGUUAAGUUCAUACAAAGAUUUUUUUUUUUAAAGAGGAAUAAUUGCAUACCUGAAACAUCAGUGGCAUAAAUAAAGAAAUUACAGUGUU